AUGGAUAAACGACUCAUAGUUUCGAAGAAGGAAUACGAUCGUCGGCAAAAAAUUACGUUCAUCACUUGGAACAUGGUACCAUACCUCGUAGCAACCGUCCACCCAGGUCUCUCCUGGCAUGCAGCCAUGGAAAUGUUCACCGGCAAUGUCACAGUGAAGCCAGCUUUCCGACUGACGUACGUCGCGUGCUUCAUCAUCAAUAAUAAUCUCGCCGAAGCCGUUUUCAUAUGGCGGUGCUGGGUUGUAAGGGGCCGCAAGUGGAAAGCAGUCGUCUUGCCCAUCGCCCUAACAUUGGCAGGAACGGGUCUUGCAUUAUUUCUAGUAAUCCAGACUGGGCCGGGGUCAAUCAUAGGAGGAUACCAACUAACCCUCUACUCCAUAUUCCCAACCACAAGCGUCUUGUUAACGACUCUCCUCACCACUUUGCGCAUUGUGCAAGUCCAAAGAUCGACCGCUCAGUUUGGCCUGACCUUAAAACGACGGUUUAACCCAGUCAUCGAGAUCAUCGUAGAAUCGGCCGCGUUGUUUACCAUUUCGCUCAUCGGAUAUACCAUAUUCAACGUUCUUGAUACGUUAUCUGGGGGUUCUGGGGUGUCGCUUUGCGUGCAAAAUAUUCAUGUUCAAAUAUCGGGAUUGGUACCGCUGCUCAUAAAUUUGCGAGUACAAGCAGGAUUUGCUAGACCUGCAGAUGAAUGGAGCGCCGCGUCAUUGGCACCGUCUAAUCCGUUGAGGUUCGCUUCACGUAGGAGGACAGAUAAAGAGGUUGUACAGGGAAUUUUCCAGCAGGAUUGUGUCAUUGUCCCUCAGGCCUCUUUCCACUGUCCAGCUACUUAUCACCUCAAUUUGAACAAGGAACAAGCAGCUGCAUGGGGUCCUAUUUCUGGACGACGUGAUGGGAUGGUACGAGUAGUACGUAUCGAGCGAUCCGAGGCUCAAGGUGGAAGUUUUGUGGAACUAUGGAUAAAUGUUUCGAAGAAAGAAUACGGUCGUCGGCAGAAAAUUACGUUCAUCACUUGGAACGUGGUACCAUACAUCAUAGCGACUGUUCACGCAGGUCUCUCCUGGGCUAUAGUCAUGGAGAUACUAGCGGGCCACCUCACAGUCAGGUCCCCUACAAUUCGACUGACGUACUUCUUGACCUUCAUAAUCAAUAAUCAUCUCGCCGAAGCCGUUUUCAUAUGGCGGUGCUGGGUUGUAAGGGACCGCAAGUGGCAAACGGUCAUCCUGCCCAUCGCCCUAACAUUGGUGGGAACGGGUCUUGCAGUAGUUGAAGUAAACCAGGCUGUGCCUGGGUCAGUCAUAGGUGUUCCAUUAGUUGUAGUAACCCAGGAUGGGGCCGGGUCAAUCAUAGGAGGAUACCAAACCCUCUACUCCAUCUUCCCAAUCACAAGCGUCCUAAUAACGACUUGCCUCACCACUUCGCGCAUUGUGCAAGUCCAAAGGUUGUCCGCUCAGUCUGGCCUGACGCUGAAACGACGAUUCAACCCAGUCAUCGAAAUCAUCGUGGAAUCGGCCGCACUAUUUGCCAUUUCGCUCAUCGUAUAUAUGAUAUUCGACCUUCUUGAUGCGUUAUAUUGGUACCCCCGGGGCUUGGCACCCUUGCUCAUAAAUUUGCGAGUACAGGCGGGCUUUGCUAGACCCGCGGAUGAAUGGAGCGCCGCGUCAUUGGCACCGUCCAAUCCGCUGAGACGCUUCUCGUUUAUUUCGGUCAGGCAGCACGCGAGCAUGCUUUUGAGGUUAAGAAACGCCGCCCCUCUCCCACUUAGGUCCCACUGGAGCGAUGGGCCGACAGCCUGUGAAGCUGUACAAAAUAGCAGUGUAGUGAAGAAUGCUAGGCAUAAUGGGAGGUUGAAAAAGUUUCAGGACGUCCAGAUAGUGGCGAUGAUGAGAGGACUCGGACGCGGUGCAGCUGUGCAUCCCAGAUCAUCAAUGAUCACCACCUCUAAGUACUACUUUACGCCUUCGAACGGGCUAUCUGUGUCGAUGAGUCCCUCACCUUCCGAUCUUUCCACAUCUUCCACGCCCUCGACAGUAUUCGAGCGUGACGUCGAGAUUCCCCAUCUAACGACGCCUGCACCGUUUCCUACCCGUACCCACGGACGCCAUUUCGGCGAUUCGACAGAAGUCGCCAAUCCGCAUUUUCAUCCUCGUGUCCAUGCCACUGAACGGAUAGAGUUGAGCAUUCCGUUGGCGGUCGAAGCGUUGUUAGGUUCCGAUGGCACUUCGUUGGUGGGAGGGUUGGAAAGUCCGAUGAUUGAGGGAAGCAACAUCGAUAGUCCAACUGGAGACUCCGCCUUUCCAGUUUCUUCGUUGCCUUUGACCCCUUCAUCGUCUAACUGGUCCACGUACGCCCUUUUCUUUUCCCGUCGAAAGCCAAUCCUGAGCGGCGUUAUUCACAGAUCCUCGGCCCUCUCCUCGGUAUUCGAACGCACCAUCGAGUAUCCCCAAUCUUUAUCCUCCUAUGCACACACCAACCACUCAUAUUUGCUAAACGCAAACCCGCACUACGUCCCCCGAGUCCAUUCAACUGAGCAACUAGAACUGAGCGUCCCAUCCGUCCUCGACAGCGCCCUCGAGUUAUUAUUAAGUCCAGCAGGGGAGGCGGACGUCGGCGUCGCAGUCGCUGCUUCCCCAGGAAGGAGUCGGGGUAGUGGGUCCCGGAGCCCAAGUAGCGGAAGGAGCAGAAGCGCUAGUUCUUCCAUGGAUCUGGAUUCAGAUGCCCACUUUCUCGCGUCGCCUUCGUCCAUUUAUACGCCCUAUACGUCCUCCCCCAGUUCCGACAAAAGCCCAUCAAAGACGAUUUCUUUCAUUUCCUAUGCCGACUUACUCUCUUCAACACCUACGUCAACUGUUCCCCUAUCUUCGUUGACGACGUGUGCGAGGGCGGAAGUUGUGCCUCCUCAUACGUCUGGUCUUCAUUUGGAAGCGUUUUGAUUUGGAUCAGUGGAUAUGUGUAGGUUUGGGUGGGGUAGGACCUGGCUUUAUCAUGUUCAUUCCGCUGGUAUGUUACAAAAUUUGAAAGGCGUUAAUUACUAGGACACUGAACUCUAUUAUUAUUACAACAUGUAUCGAGUAAUACAGCUAUGUUUCGUUCUUAUGUUCUGUGUUCGGACCCGUGGGCACUGUAACAAAAUAAACUAUCCUGUCUCCCCGUUC